GAUUCCUGGUUACCACGGGCUGCUUCCUACUGUACCUAACCGCCAACUUUUUUUUUUUUUUUUUUUUUUUUUUUUUUACAACCUUUGGAUAAAUGAUCAACUACGGCAAUGGUAUAUCUCCGCCGAUAAAGGGUUGAUGUGUCCUCACUGGGCGCCCGCAGGGUCGCUUUCAAGCCUGACCGCCAACAGCUCGCCACCCCAGUCGGCCUCCUGAUCGGCCCGAUCGAUCGCCUCCGAGCUUAACGAGACGAGCGCACCGGGUUUCGCUGCGUCUGCCAGCGGUCGAGCGGAGCAGCCUCUGUGUUGCCUGGAGCCUGCCGGCCUCUGUAGGCCUGCAUUGCCAUGGAUACGGAGUCCACCUAUUCUGGCUAUUCCCAUUACUCUGGUCGCUCCCGGGGAUCGCACAGGCAUGGGGAGCGAAGUCGGGACCGGCACAAGACGCGCAGCAAAGACAGUCGUUCGGAAAAGUCUGUCACAAUUAACACGCCGCCUGCCGAGCCGCUGUUGGGCGACUCUUCAGUGCAAGUUCAGGAUGACAACUGGGGAGAGACCACCACAGCUGUCACAGGCACCUCAGAGCACAGCCUUUCCCAGGAGGACAUCGUUCGCAUCACCAAAGACCUCGAGGACAGCGUCGGGCUCGACUGCCGCCGAUACGUCACCCGGGCCGUCGCUGUGAUCCUGGGCCUGUUGGUGUUCUUCACGCCGCUGGCUUUCCUCGUCUUGCCUCACAUCCUUUGGCCAGAGAAGCUGCAGAGCUGCGGGACGGCCUGCGAGGGCCUCUUCAUCUCCGUGGCCUUCAAGCUGCUCAUCCUGCUGCUCGCCGUCUGGGCUCUCUUUUUCAGGCCAGCGCGGGCCAGCCUCCCACGCGUCUUCGUUUUCAGGAUCCUACUUGCUGUGCUGGUGUUCCUCUUCGUCGUCUCCUACUGGCUCUUCUACAGUGUCCGGAUACUCGACGCACAAGACGAAAACUACCAGGGCAUUGUACAGUACGCAGUGUCCCUGGUGGACGCUCUGCUCUUCAUCCACUACCUGGCCAUCGUCCUGCUGGAGCUCCGGCAGCUCCAGCCGUGCUUCUCCGUGUGCGUCAUGCGCUCCACGGAUGGCGAGACGAGGCACUACAACCUCGGACAGCUCAGUAUUCAGCGGGCAGCCCUGGCCAUCAUAGAGCACUACUACUGUGACUUCCCCAUCCAUAACCCAGCUCUGCUUUCUGCCUCCAAGUCCCGAGCUGCCAAGCACCUGGCCGGCCUUAAGGUCUACAACGUGGAUGGUGAGUUCCCAGCAGGCCCUGCUGAGGGUCCAGGUAACAAUGCAGCUGCUGGAAUCGCCCAGUCCCAGUCCAGAGCCAUGAUCGCGGCUGCAGCCAGGCGGCGCGACACCAGCCACAACGAGCUCUACUACGAAGAGGCUGAGCACGAGAGGCGUGUCCGCAAACGCAAGGCGCGACUGGUGGUGGCAGUAGAGGAGGCCUUCACCCACAUCAAGCGCAUGCAGGAGGAGGAGCCGAAGAAGGCUCCUGGGGACGUGAUGGACCCCAGGGAGGCAGCUCAAGCAAUCUUCCCCUCCAUGGCCCGGGCCCUGCAGAAGUACCUGAGAACCACCAAGCAGCAGCACUGCCACAGCAUGGAGAGCAUCCAGCAGCACCUGGCCUUCUGCAUCACCAACAACAUGACGCCCAAGGCGUUCCUGGAGAGCUACCUGAUGCCAGGACCCACCCUGCAGUACGGUAAAGACCACUGGCUGGGCCGCCGGUGGACGCUGAUCAGCGAGGUGUCGGUCACCAGCGGCCUGAAGGACGGAAGUGUCUUCUUGCUCAAGUGUGUGGACUUUAGCCUGGUGGUCACCUCCAAGAAGAUCCCCUACAUCCAGAUGACAGAGGAGUACAUUGACCCCAAAUCCCACAAGUUUGUCCUGCGACUACAGUCUGAAACCUCGGUGUAGGACGCCAACAGUCUUUUUUUAUUCCUCACCAUGUCACGUUGCUUUUAAAUGUUGCUAACUAGAGUCUGAAGUUUUUAUAUGUACUUUUCUUCAUUUUUAAUAUAUAUAUAAAUGAAUUUAUAUACCACAUGUCUGAAAUUAUUGCUAUUUUAAUGUUCAACUUGUUGAAAAGAAGAACUGUUGCAGGAUUUUGCUCACGGGUUUGAUCGGCAAAUGAGGUUGUGCACAUUACUGUAUGAAUGAGUGAACGGUCCCCUCCGAAAGUAACACUUUCACUUAUUACAGCCACAAACUUCUAUGCAUUUUAUGGGGAUUUUAUGUGAUAAAUCAAGACAAAGUGGGGCAUAAUUAUAUAAUAGAAGGAAGAUCAUACAGAUACUUUCAAUUGAUACAGUUUGCAUCUGAAUGAGAGGAUAUUGAGCUUUUUGGUCUAUGUGGAAAAUCCUUUGUGUACAGGAAAAUGAACACUCAAUGGGAAAACACGGCAGUGGGAGCAUCAUGCUGUGGUGAGGUUUUUCUUCAGCAGGAACAGGAGCAUCAGAGUAAAGUCGGGAUCAUUUUCCUUCCUCUUCACAAUUAUACCCUACUUCAUGUUGGUCUUUUGCAUAAAAUCCCUCUUAAUACAAAAGUUUGUGACAAAGUGUGCAAAAGUUCUAGAGGUGUUAAAACUUUUGCAAGGUGCUGUAUGCAUGUGUCAUUUCUGUGUUGGCAUGGUCACCCUGUUUGAGAAGCCACAGCCAAACGAGACUGGAAUAAAGGCACAUUUCACUAGCAUAGCCAAGUUUCCAAUGUCAUGACAGAGACUCUGGGUUUUCCACCAGUUCCAAGCCUCUGCUGUUGUCUUGUUAACUGCAGAGAGGAGUAUGUGGAAUCCCUUGAAAUGGCUACAAACUGGGCGCUACAUGGAUUUUAUAAGUGGCAAUAGAUAAAACAGAAACACUUUCAGAUUUUACAAUCUACAAAACCACCUGUGCUGCAAGAUUCCAGGUGUAUUGGAUCGGAGAACAUCAGCUGGACAAGCUGAACGCAGAAUGGGCUCGAUAGUAAGAGACGCAUGGAUAUGGACAUGUACCCAAAGACAUGAACUCCUCCACAAAGGUUCAGUAAUCCUCUAGGGCUUUUGUGUCUGCCGCAUCUUCCUGACAUGACGAGACAGAGCUGUGAGUUCAGAAAUAAAAACUACCGAUUCCUCACGAAAA